GUGCAGAGAUGUCAUUAAUAAGGUGCACCAGCCACCAGCACCACUAUAUUCUUAACUUCUCACACAUUUGCAUUGAACUCUCGUAAACCCCCCCAAAAAAUUAAAAAUGGCACUCAAAUUCAACUGUUUCCUUGCCGGAACUCUCUUCUCCGCCGUGAUGAUCUCUUCCCUCUUCCUCCACAUCUCCGCCGCACUCGGCGGCGGAGGAAAAGGUGGUUUACUCGGCGGUUGGAGGCCUAUAACCGACACAAACGACGUUCAGGUGGUGGAGAUCGGGAAAUUCGCAGUGGAUCAGCACAACAAGGAAUCCAAAUCCAAAUUAGUGUUUAAACGAGUGGUGAAAGGAGAAACACAAGUCGUUGCCGGAACAAAUUACCGGCUGGUCAUCUCCACCACAGAUGGCAGUCGUCGUAGCCGUAGCGGCUAUAAAUACUUGGCGGAAGUUUGGGAUAAGCCAUGGGAGAAUUUUAGGAAUCUCACUUCCUUCAAAAAAUUAUAAAGUGUUUAAUUUUCUGCUGUUUUUGGUUGCAAAAAUGUUGUGUUUCUUAUUACUGUUGAUUAGUGAGUUUGUUUACUGUUAAUUUAUUUGUUUAACUCCCCUUUUAAAAGAUAAUAUGGUAUUAUAAUUGAUCAA